AUGGACGAAAUUAGGGCCGAAGGCAUUGCUGUCAUUGCUGACGAAGUACUCAAUCUAUUGACUCCUCAACAGCGCAGGACGGAAGUAGAAAGGUUCAAAUAUAAGAUUGAGGAAAUUCUGAACCAUAGUCGAAACGAGGAAUGUAUGGGAAGAGCAAGAGUCCUUAUGUUUGAUGAUGAAGGAAAGGGAGAGAGAAAUACCCCUUCUUAUAAUUUGUUCAAUGGUGUUAGAAACGCGAUAGAAGAGACUAUGAUGAAACCUCUGAGUGACAGACAACCAAGUCAUGUGACCCGUUCUGAAUCAAAUUGUUCAGUAGAUGUGUGCUUCUUGUACAGUGAUAUUGACGCCAUGGAAAACCGGACCUCGGUUCAUAGUAGCCCGGAUAACAAAACUAUAAAGCACAUUCGGAUGUUUUUGGAAAAUAAGAAAAUUCGAUGCUCUAUCGCACGACCACCCGUUGACUCUAUGGGAAUAAUAGAAGAACGAAUAAAGGAUGCAAGAUGGGUUUGUUGUUUGGUUUCGGUCAAUACAGUCAGAAGGAAAGACUUUAUCGAAUUUUGGUUGGCAGCUUUACUGAACGAUUGUAUCGAAAAAAAUCAAUUGAAAAUCAUCAUUUUACUAAAAGACCUUGAUAGUUCAUUUAUCCCUAACUUUAUCCAAUGGGUGACAUAUAUAGACAUUUCUAACGAACCCUCAUUUGAAGAAAGGAUUUAUGAGAUCAUCAAAGGUGAUGUUGUAACCUUAAGGUCGCAGGUCCCGGCUGGUAACGUGGCGUUUGGAUUGGCCUGGGCAUUCCAUGUUAACUAUCUAAGACAUGUUCUUCCAGAUUUCAAUGAACGACUAGAAAGUAGAAUGGAACAAGACGAUAUUCGAAAAUUUACAGCAAUUAAGAAAAAAUUUAAAGUUUCGAGAAGUCUCUUAGAACUUAUACCGAAAAGUUGUGAAUUUAAACCACUAUUGACUAUGGCUGACGACAGAAUACAAGGUCCAUUUGAGGUUAAACCCAUAGUGAAGCAAAUGGCUGCCACAAAACGAGUUUUCCCGUGUAAGCUUUACAGAAUAGAGAGCGAAAAUUGUGAUUACUACUUUGCGGGCGAGAUGUUGACACCAAUGAAAGCCCUUUCAGAAAUGCACAAAUCAAUGAUAGCAGGGUUGUCUAAGAAACAAAUGUAUGAACAGUGUGACGCGUUAGUUGAACAACUAUCCGCCAUCUUGGAUUCAGCGGCAACUCCAGAGGAGAUGCAGAAAAAAUGUCGAUGCAUUAAAUACGACGAUACUCAGCGGAAGUUGUCUGACGUCAUAAUGGAGGAAAUCGACAAAGAACAAAGUCGAGACCAUGUGGAGAUGUAUGCAAGCUGGUUAAAGAAACAAGAGAAAUAACACAAACAAAGUCGCCAUAUCUUAAAAUUAAAAGCAGCAUUCCUAAAACUUUUUUUUUAAUUUAAUGUCAAUGCCAUGUUGGUAAUAUGCACCUUUUUAUAGGUACAGUGCAUAAAGUGACACAAAAUAUUCCUACCUUUAUUAAAUGUAUCCAUAAUUUAAAAGAGAAAGAUGGAUACAUGUAGCAGUGUUCACAUAGAAUAUUACUCAUAAUUCAUAGAUUAUUAUUCCCUCGCAACGGAGUUGAGGGAAUAUAGGAAUUAAUGCAGUUGUGUUUGUUUGUUUGUGGAUGAUCGAGUGUUUUUAUUUCUGUACGAAAAAAAGUGAUGUAAUUUGCAUUGAUUUAACGAUACUUCAUUAUGUUUUCCAUGACAUAAAAAUCUAAAAAAAAAAAAAAAAGUUGAUACUGAUAUAUGUGGUUUCCUAAUGAACAAUAUGACACUAAAGGAGUAGCUCAUUGAAACAAAAUAUUAUUUCUAGUCUAAACAAAACAUGUAAGUAUCUAUCACUGAAUCCUUCUAUCUUACGUGGGUAAAAAAUGGCUGUGAUAUGAGCGACGUUCUUGUGUUCUUGUUCGUUAUUAAAAUUUUUUCUUAAAAUGUUUAAGAUUUUUUAAUCAGUCAGUGACAACAAUAAUAAUUUGACAUUUAUCGUUUUGUUUUUAAUUAUAUUUAUAAAUUAAUCUGAAAAAUACAUAUUAAUCUUGGUAUCUAGGAAUUACAUGUGAAUGUUUAUAAUAUUUACAACUUACUUUAGUAAAAUACAAAAAUGUAACAUUCUUUUCCCAAACGGCUCUGCA